CCAGCCAGCAACAUGCAAACUUUAAAACUCCCUCAUAGAUUGCAGAAGUGUAACACUGACAGGGUUGGAUGACGACCAGGUUGACGAGGCACCAGUCGACAGGUAAACAAGGCAACAGAACAUUCAGCAUGGUGGGAAGGAGACGCGGCUCCAGAGCCACCAGGGGGUCACAGCAGCCCCAACAGCAACGCACGGGGGGACCCCGCAAGAGUCUGAGAGUGCCAGCAUUAUUUGCCAAGGAAGCAGGAUAUGAGUCUGAGGUCCCUCAUGAAAAGCUGACCAUCGCCCAAGCCAAGAGAGGCACACCAGCAAUCCGGCCGGUCCGAGUCUAUGCUGAUGGGAUCUUUGACCUCUUCCACUCUGGACACGCUCGCGCUCUGAUGCAAGCCAAGAACCUGUUCCCCAACACACAUCUCAUAGUGGGAGUCUGCAGUGAUGAACUCACACACCGGUAUAAGGGCUACACAGUGAUGACAGAGUCGGAGCGCUACGAAGCCCUGAUACACUGUCGCUAUGUGGAUGAGGUGGUACGGGAUGCUCCCUGGACCCUCAGCCCUGACUUCCUGAAGAAACAUAAGAUUGACUUUGUAGCACAUGAUGAUAUCCCAUACACCUCUGCUGGAUCAGAGGAUGUCUACAAACACAUCAAGGAAGCAGGGAUGUUUGUGGCCACACAGAGGACAGACGGCAUCUCUACAUCUGACCUCAUCACCAGGAUAGUGAGAGACUACGACCUCUAUGUCCGACGCAACCUGCAGAGAGGCUACACAGCCAGUGACCUCAACGUUAGCUUCAUCAGGGAGAAGAAAAUACGUCUUCAAAACCAGGUGGAUCGUAUGAAGGAGACGGUGAAGACAGUAGAGGAGAAGUCCAAGCACUUUGUGCACUCGGUGGAGGAGAAGAGCCAAGACCUCAUCCACAAGUGGGAGGAGAAGUCCUGGGAGUUCAUUAGUAAUUUCCUGGAGUCGUUUGGUCCAGGUGGAGCGUGGCAUGUGAUCCAGGAGAAGAGUGGGCGCAUGCUCCAGGCUCUGUCACCCUACGCAUCGCCCGUCGCCUCGCCCCGUGGCUCCCCCAGCAGCAGCCCCACCAGAGGGCGCUCCCCAUCGCCUCCCUCCUCUCCCUCCUCUCAAUCCCCUCGUUCUCCUCGUUCCUCCGCCACCUACCCCAAGGGUGCCUCUGCCCAUCCCUCAACUUCCCUCAGCAGCACGAGUGAGGGGGAUGACGACGAGGAAAAAAAACACUCAGUUGACAAACAAUAA